AUGCAGAUCAAAGCCAUCCUUUCAGCCCUCGUGGGCGCAGCCAUGGUGGCAGACGCUGCUGAUAUGCGCCGCUCACCGAUUCACGCGGCUCUCGAGCGUCGUCAAAACCGUCAGGGCGGCCAGCAGGGCGGCCAGCAGGGCGGUCAAAGGCAGGGCGGAAACAACGCUGGCAACCAGGGCGGCAACAAUAACAACGGUGGUGGUAAUGGCGGUCUUGCGCUGUCGCAGAACGUCGUCCAGCGCGGUUCUGCCAGCGAUGGCAACAACCCUGGCUCAGCCGAACAAGCCGCCUCUGCGACCUCCAACAACAACUUUAUCAACUUUUGCCAGGGCAAGACUCUGACCAACGGUGCCCAGGUCCGUGCUGGCUCUUGCAACGGUAUUCCUAUGGGUAACAUUCCCGCCUCCACCAAGAUGGUCUCGAGCAUCUUUGUCAACCCCCAGAACGGCGAUAACAUUGCCGCCAAGCAAGACUUUGACAUUCAGGUGCAAAUGAUCAACUUUGCACCCGGCGAUUUCACAAACGCCACCAGCACCUACUACUCGGCGCCCCAGGAUCUCAACGGGCAGGGCUUCAUCAUCGGCCACACCCACGUUACCGUCCAGGACACGGGCCGCUCCCUCAACCCCCAGCAGCCGUUGGACCCCGAGAAGUUUGCCUUUUUCAAGGGCAUCAACGACGCCGGCAAUGGCCGUGGUCUGCUCUCCGCCAGAGUAGCUGGUGGUCUUCCCGCCGGCAACUAUCGUCUGUGCAGCAUGUCGUCUGCGUCCAACCAUCAGCCCGUCCUCAUGCCCGUUGCGCAGCGUGGUGCUCAGGACGACUGCGUCCGUUUCACCGUUGGCGGCAACGGCGGUAACAACAACAACGGCGGCGGCAACAAUAACAAUCAGCAGGGUCAGCAGGGUCAGGGCCAGCAGGGUCAGGGUCAGCAGGGUCAGGGUCAGCAGGGUCAGCAGCAGGGUCAGAAGCAGGGUCAGAAGCAACAGCAGGGCGCACAGCAGGGCGCAAAGCAGGGCGCACAGCCGGGCGCACAGCAGGACGCACAGCAGGGCGCACAGCAGGGCGCACAGCAGGGCGCCGGCCGCGGUGGCCUGGUGAACGAAGGACAACUUGAUAACAAUCAGGGCGACCAGCAACAGGGUCAGAAUCAACAGGGUCAGAAGCAACAGGGUCAGAAGCAACAGGGUCAGAAGCAACAGGGUCAGAAGCAACAGGGUCAGAAGCAACAGGGUCAGCAGGGCGGCGGCAAAGGCGGCGCCAACAAGGUGGCUGCUCUCGGCGGCGUUGGCGCUCCCGACAUUGCCCAGACCAACGACAAGAACCGCCCCUUUGACGUGGCCGGCAACAGCUUCACCACCAAAGGGGAGGCCGUCCAGCGCUCCUGCGAGACGCAGCGCGCGGCCUGCCAGAACGGCGUCCAGUCCGGUGCCGUCAAGGGCGUUGAUAUUGCCUCGUGCGACAGCCAGAUGGCUCAGUGCAUCUCUGACCUGUCGUAA